CCUCUAUCGACUUUAGCGUCUCCACCGGUUUGCCAGUCUCUCAGGUCGCCUGUCCUGCAUCCAUUUGUCUUCCCCUCUCUCUCUACUCCUUGUGUGUGGCCGCAAAAAGCCAGUUUAACCCUCUGCCAAGAUGGAGGCCAUCAAAAAGAAGAUGCUUAUGCUGAAGUUGGACAAGGAGAAUGCACUGGACCAGGCUGAACAAGCUGAAGCAGACAAGAAAGCAGCUGAAGACAGAAGCAAGCAGCAUGAAGAUGAACUUCUGCAAAUGCAAAAGAAGCUGAAGGGGACAGAGGACGAGCUCGAUAAAUACUCUGAGGCCCUGAAGGAUGCUCAGGAGAAGCUCGAGGUGGCCGAUAAGAAGGCUGCUGACGCUGAAGCAGAAGUGGCCUCCCUGAACAGACGUAUCCAGCUAGUGGAAGAGGAGUUGGACAGAGCUCAGGAGAGACUGGCAACAGCUCUGCAGAAGCUGGAGGAGGCUGAGAAGGCUGCAGAUGAGAGCGAGAGAGGUAUGAAGGUGAUUGAGAACAGGGCCCUGAAGGAUGAAGAGAAGAUGGAGCUUCAGGAGAUUCAGCUGAAGGAGGCUAAACACAUCGCAGAGGAGGCCGACCGCAAGUACGAGGAGGUGGCUCGUAAACUGGUGAUCGUAGAGGGAGAGUUGGAACGUACAGAGGAGAGGGCAGAGCUGGCCGAGGCUAAAUGUGCUGAACUGGAGGAGGAGCUGAAGAACGUAACAAAUAACUUGAAGUCUCUGGAGGCUCAGGCUGAAAAGUACUCUCAAAAGGAGGACAAAUAUGAGGAAGAGAUCAAGAUCUUGACCGACAAGCUCAAAGAGGCUGAGACCCGAGCUGAGUUUGCAGAGAGGUCUGUGGCCAAGCUGGAGAAGACUAUCGAUGAUCUGGAAGACGAGCUUUACGCACAGAAACUGAAGUACAAAGCCAUCAGUGAGGAACUGGACCACGCCCUCAAUGACAUGACCUCUAUCUAAACGUCCAGAAGCUCCAACGUGCUGCCAGACUCAGCCUUUCACUGCCCAACAUCAUCUCUUGGCUCACCUCCUUUCUCAGUCUGUUCCCUCCCCCCUCUUAUUCUGUCUCAUGUCAUCUUUCCUCAUUCCUCAGCCGCUGAACUGUUGAAGUCUCUCCCUCUGCGCGCCUGUUGUACUUUGUUUUUAGCACUUUUUUCAGGGUAUAUCUGCUGAACUUACUCCUUUACAACCAGUCUCUAAACUAAAAUCCAUCGUUCAUUGUAUGUUUUCUGUCUGAUUGCAACUCUUCGUGGUGCUUCUGUGUCGACUCUGUGUUAAACAAGGGAGGGGAGUUAAUGCAUCCGUGUCUGGCUGUUUUUGUUACACUUGAACUUUUAAUGUUUCUAUUGAUGUUAUAUACAAUGUAUAAAACUUAAUACAUCAGUAAUAUCAAGCGGUUAAUAGACUUGAAUCACCAAAAUAUACUGCUGUUUAGUAUUUUGUCAACCCCAAAAAAUAAACAACAGCACAACUACAGCCUCUGAAAUGAUCGACACGUCUCUAAAACUAUAACAAACGAUAUUCAUGAACCUUCAUGAAGAUUUGUUGGAUUAGCCUGCAUCAGUUUGAACUUAUAAAUAAAUAAACUGACACUGA